AUGGCUACCGCUGAUACCGUCGACCUUGGAGAGGUGCACCCGCCCAAGCAAGAGUCGAUCAAGCUCUUUGAGGAAAUCGAAAAGGAGCUCAAGCACGAGCUUAUCAAGCUCCGACAUAUGCAUGACAAGCACGAGCCAGAGUACUUUGCGGCGGUCAAGGACCUCAGCGACAAGGAGCUCACGUCGUUCACGGUCGACGACUUUCAGCAGGUCCGGGUCGCGGUGGCGAGCUACGGCAUCAUCCUUUUCGGCAAGAUCCGCAUCCCGACCAUGCCGGCCGACGGCCCGGCGUACAUCCACUUCAGGGCGUUUUCGACGGGGCCCGAUGAUCCGGCCAAGUUUCACAGCUUCCUGACCGAGAUGAAGGAGGAGGAGGGCGGUGGGAAGACGUUUAGGGCCAUCUUCACGGACAAGGACGAGCUCGAGUGGUUUGACAACUGA